AUGUCAACUUAUACUUGUGAAGAAAGUGACAACAGUGAAGAGCAGACUCUGGAUUUCAUGAUUGAUGAUGUUGUCAGCGUGUCAGUUAAAAGGUCUGAGGUACCAGAAACAAACAUUGAUGACCAGCUCCUCUCUCAUAACUCUCAUGUAGCUGAGAGCCAAGAUCACAAAGGAGACAAACAAGGAGUCUCAGGAUCUACUAGAAAUACAGAGACAAAACCACACAUGGGACAUUAUGAAAUUAAAAGGGACGGUGAUAAUGUAUGUAACCCUACCACAUCAAAGAUUCAGCUGGAUACUGAAAUAGGUGAAAAGUUUUUGAAGUGUGACACUUGUGGAAAAGCUUUCAAGUAUAUUUCCCAGUUGAAUGUACAUGAGAGACUCCACACAGGUGAGAAGCCGUUCACAUGUGACACUUGUGGGAAAAGAUUCUCUCAGCAGAGCGCAUUAAAAAGUCAUAUGACUGUCCACACAGGUGAGAAGCCAUACCCAUGUGACACUUGUGGGAAAAGAUUCUCUCAGCAGAGCGCAUUAAAAAGUCAUAUGACUGUCCACACAGGUGAGAAGCCAUACACAUGUAACACUUGUGGGAAAAGAUUUUCUCUGCAGAGAAUAUUAAAACAGCAUAUGACAGUCCACACAUGUGAGAAGCUGUACCCAUGUCACACUUGUGGGAAAGGAUUUUCUCAUCUGUGUGCAUUACACAAGCAUAUGAGAACUCACACAGGUGAAAAGCCAUACCCAUGUGACACUUGUGAGAAAAAAUUUGUUCAGCUGAGUGCAUUAAAACAGCAUAUGAGAGUACACACAGGUGAGAAGCCGUACCCGUGUGACACUUGUGAGAAAAGAUUUUCUCAUCUGUGUGCAUUACACAAGCAUAUGAGAACUCACACAGGUGAGAAGCCAUACCCAUGUGACACUUGUGGCAAAAGAUUCUCUCGGCUGGACGCAUUAAAAUCGCAUAUAAGAGUCCACACAGGUGAGAAGCCGUAUCUAUGUAACACUUGUGGGAAAAAAUUUGCUAAACUGGGCAAUUUAAAGGUGCACAUGAAAAUCCACACAGGUUAGAAGCUGUGCAAUUGCAAAACUCAAAAGAGAUUUCAUACACAGACAUCAAUUCAAGAUCGA